CGGAAUCUAUCAAUUUAAGUUGUACCAUGAAAGAUCAUUCAAUAAUAUUUGUGGGGACGGAGCCCUCAAAAGACAAAGAUUCAGUGACACGCACCUUAUCGUAUUUCACAAUGCCUGCCAAUGAUCUGCCGAAACGGAUAUUGCUUUCGUUCACGCCACCACUUCAUUCUAGAUUUGUGUACGUAGACUUCUUGGGACCGUGUUUGGCGUUCAUACUGUUGGCCACGAUACUUGGCUACGGACAUGCCUACAAAGCACCAUCGGCUAUUUAUCACAGGUCACCCACCGAAGUGUUGGCCGUCUAYUGCCUAUCGAUGCCAGCAAUUUGUUAUAUUUUAACCCGUUUAGGAAAAUCUAGUAUAUCAUUUUUGCAGAUAUUGUCAUUAUUAGGGUAUGGUCUUUAUGGUUAUGUAUUAACUCUUGUUAUUAGUUUUAUAUCGGAUGAAACAAAUAAUGUAAUAUUUUAUCUGGCCAUGAUACUGUUUACUGGCACUAGCGUUUUUAGAACAUGUCUUAUAAUAUUGCUAACAAUUAAAUUACCUGCCAUCAGACUAUUAGUUUGCAGUAUCAUUGCUAUUUUACAAAUGUUGUUUGUUGUGUUUUUGUAUUUUACAUUUGUUCAUUCAAGCUUUGUGUUCCGCAAACAUUAGACAUUUAAAAAUUAGUUUGUUGAUUAAAAUAUCUAAACAAUAAAUAAAUGAAUGUGCACAUUACA